AAAAUAUUAAUGUUAAUCUAGAGGCACAAGAGUUACAAGAACUACUUCAAAAUAAUAAUAUUACACAAGAGUUACAAGAACCACUUCAAAAUAAUAGUAUUGAAUCUUCAAUAUCUGCAACUAGUAUUGAAUCUUCAAUAUUAAUAAAUGCCACUAGAUACCAAUAUAAACAUUAUCAACAAAUUAAUAUUAAAAAACAACAAGCUCCAAAAGAUCAUUUUUUUAAACAAUUUAAUAAACGCUCUUAUUUUCCAUCUACUUAUAAUGAAGAUAAAUCUUCAGAAGAUGAAUAUCUUAACCUUGUGAUUUCUAAAAAACUAUUAUAUUCUCUUUUAAAUAUGCCAAAUGCAAAUUAUAUUAAUUCUCAUUUGUCUAUUGAAGUUAAUGUGUUAAAGACUUUUGUUGCCAAAAGUCUUCAAAUACAUAUUGAAUAUUUGAUAGCUGAAUCUAAUAGAGAAAGUCCCAAUUAUACUUCAAUAGUUUUAAAUCAUAUUAAAGAAUUAGAUAAUAUUACAAUUAAUUUUACAUUUCCUGCUGCAA